AUGAUGCAACCAGCUAUGUUCAGGUAUAGGUUCGGGGGUCCGGGUCUUCCCGAUUGGGAGAUGAGUGACUAUGAAUGCGUCUACUUUGUGACAGUGCAUUUCCACGAGAAACACAGAACGUAUUCCAGCAAAAAGCUCAUGCAAAUUAUGAUUCGCCGAAUUAAAAACGGUGAGGCCGAGGUCAGCCUUAAGCCUCUCCAUCGUCACACUCCGCGGUGCAUCUCAAUGCCGGUCUAUGGACCAUAUGAUGCCCCGAGUGCUGUCGUUCUUGCAACCGCUAGAGAAGUUGCACAGACGCGCUUGAAUGAGAUUCAGCAAGGGUUUGUGGAGAUUGACAUGGAUCUUCUGUUCGGUCGUGAGCAUUAG